AUGCCAACAAAUUUCAGGAAAGGAUCCCAUGUAAAGGGAAAGAAACAACCGGACCUAUACGACGGGUCUCCAAUGUCCCGUUUCUCUGGGACUGAGAUUGAAUCAAACCUAGAUCACUUCCACCCCUUUGGAUGUCCCGUCUAUGUUCUUCAAGCUGCACUUCAAGCUCAACGAUCUCACAACAAAUGGAGUGAUCGAUCCAGAGUUGGAAUCUUUCUGUGUCACUCACCAGAACAUGCUACAUCGGUCCCCCUGGUUCUGAAUAUACAAUCCGGCAAUGUGUCACCUCAAUUCCAUUGCAUUUAUGAUGACGAGUUUGCCACAUGUAAGCGCAAUGCCAAGUUCAAAUCCCUGUGGCAGGUCAAAGCAAAGCUGAUGCCCAAUCCGAUACAAAAUAGUCUGCAGCGGAUCGACGCGCCUACAACUAUGGAAACUCCACCUCUGGACGCCCAGGACAAAUCCUCCGGCAAUGAUCGAGCCGACUCUUCCGGCAAUGAUCGAGCCGUCUCGACGCCAUAG